AGCAGUGGGUCCGGUUGCAGGCAGCAGUGGGUCCGGUUGCAGGCAGCGUGGGUCUGGGUGCAGGCAGCAGUGGGUCAGGAUGCAGGCAGCGUGGGUCAGGGUGCAGGCAGCGCUGCGGCAGGGCUCUGGCGGGGCUGGCGUGGGAGGGUCCUGCCGGCUGGCGCAGGGAUUUAUGGCUGCGGCAGUGCCGGCAGGGUGGGAGCCGCCUGCCCGUGACGCUGCCUGCUGGGGGUGCCGCAGCCCCCGGCCCUCUCCCCCGGCAGCUCCCCGGCCGCCUUUGUGGGCCCUGUGGCCAGAUGGCUCCUUUCUCCCGGCUCCGCGGCCGCCGGGUUAAUCUAACGGCACAAAGCGCUGCCGGCCCGAGCAUCUGCCCGUCUGCCGCGCGCUGCCUCCCGUGCCCCUCGUGCGCUCGUCUGCUAACGAGGCAGCGCCGGCCGGCAGGGACACACACCCCGGGUGGUGGCGACGCCACCAGUGCCUCGGGGCCCCCUCCCUCCACGUGGGUGACACCAGCGCCUCGUCCCUCGUUGUCUCCAGGCCCCAACUCUCAGCAGCCCUUUGCCCGGGAGGGCUGGGACCCUCAAAGCCCAGUCAGGGAUUUGGCAGCACCAGCAGCGGCCGGGGCGCAGGCGCAGCGGGAGCGGGGCCGGAGGGCGACCCGGGCGCAGGACGGGUCCGGGUGCCAUGUGGCACCGCGGUGGCUCCGAUAACGUGCGUCCUCCUGGCUCGUUUCAGGCCGGGAUUUGAGGGGGGGGCCCGGCGCCCGUGCCCGCGCCAUGGGGAACUCGGUGAGCCGGCCCAGCUGCCUGGGCGAGAAGAGCCGACGGCCGGACGAGCUCCUCCGGGAGCUGCCGCGCCGCGACACAGGGCUGGAUGCGGGGCAGCCGCCCGGCAGGAGCGCCACGGAGGCCUGGCCGGUGCUGCCGGAGAAGCCGCCGGUGGAGAACGGCUGGAGCGCGGUGUCCGGUGCGCGGAGCCGCCCGGGCAGCCCCGUGCUGAAGCGCAGCCAGUCGGAGGUGACGGUGCAGAAUGGCAGCUCGGCCUGUGUCCCACUGCGGGGACAGGGACAGGGACAGGGACAGGGACAGGGACAGGCGGGGGGCGCGGCCUGGACGCCCCCCCGGGCCGGUGUCCCCCGCGGCGCCUGGUCCUGGAAACCCGUCACCACGCGGGAGGUGACGGAGGUGACGGAGGUGACCGAGACCAUCGUGACGGAGAUCGUGGAGGUGACCGAGUACCCCGCCGGCGAGAAGGGCGGCGAGCCCCUGGUCACCCGGACGGUCACGGUGCUGACGGAGCGCGCGGGGGAGCCGGCGGCUGGCGGCCGCUGCGGACAGACGGACACCGUGGAGGUGUCCCCGCAGACAGUCGCCGUCCCCGAGGAGGCGGCGGGCGCGGAGCGAGGGCAGGACACGCCGGAGAGCCUCCUGGCGUGGGUGGCUGACAUGGAGGAGCUGGUGAGGAACCAAAAGCCGCCGUCGGCAGAGGUGAAGGUGGCCAAGGCACAGCUGGAGGAGCAGAAGCUCCUGAGGCGGCUGCUGGAGGAGCGGCGGCCGCGCGUGGAGCUGGUGCUGCAGGACCGGGCCAUGCUGCCGGCACACGGCACCGGCACCGUGGCGCCCGAGGGGACUGGCGGCCGCCACGGCCUCGGGGAGCGCUGGGACGAGCUGAUGCGGGAGGCUGAAGCCAGGUACGGCCGCCUGGAGAGGAUCCUGCCGGCGGCGCAGGCCUUUCAGGAGGCCGUGGACUCCUUCCAGGAGUGGCUUGGUGCCACCGAGCGGCAGCUGGCCCAGCUGUGGCACGCCAACGGCUGUGUCGGCCGCGUGCAGGACGCCCACCGGCAAACCCAGGCCCUGUGCGAGGAGAUCCGCGGGCGGCUGGGAGAGCUGGACGGCGCCCUGGAGAGCGGGCAGCGGGUCCUGGACAUGGUGACAGGGGAGGAGGCGCAGCUGGCGCAGGAGAAGCUGGAGUCGCUGAGGAUGCGGUACCUGAUCGCCGGGCAGAGCUGCGCCGACACGGAGCAGCGGCUGGCGCAGACACUGGAGGCCUCGUCCCGCCUGGGCUCGGCGCAGGAGGAGCUGGCGCCGUGGCUGAGCCGCCUGGAGCAGGAGCUGGGCUGCGGGGACGGCCGGGAGCCCCCGCUCAGCACUGGCGACAGGGAGAAGCUGGAGCAGCUCCUGGCCUCCCAGCUGUCCCACGUGGCCGCGCUGGCCGAGCGCCUGGAGUCCAUUGGGCAGGUGCAGCUGGACGCACCGGUGCUGCGCUCACAGCUCGCUGACCAGAAGCUGCUCGCGGCCGAGAUCCUGCAGCAGCGUGGGCUGGUGGAGCGGCUGCUGGCGCUGGCGGAGCCGCUGCUGCCGCGCUGCCCCGAUGCCCUGCACCUCCAGAGCUCGGUGCCGGCGCUGCGGGAGCGCACGGAGCAGCUGUUGGUGCGCAGCGGCGCCUGCGCCGUGCGGCUGGAGCACGCACAGGCCCUGCUGGCCCAGUUCGCCGAGGCGCUCGAGGAGCUGUCGCCCUGGCUGGACGAGACGCAGGGCCUGGGCGUGCAGCUCGCCCCCAGCGCCAUCACCUACGAGGCCUUCAAGGAGCAGCAGGCGCUGCUGCAGUGCCUGCGCGAGGCCAUCGCUGAGCACCGGCCGCUGAUGGGGAAGCUGCAGCGCGUCUCGGCGCAGCUGGAGGAGCUGAGCCCGGAGCAGGGAGCCACAUUCCGGCAGCGCUGGCGCGAGGCGGAGGAGCGGUACGGCCGCAUCCGCGAGCGCGUGGGGCAGGCGGCCGCGCUGCUGGAGGACGCUCUGCCGCGGUACAGCCAGCUGACGGAGCGCAUGGACCUGCUGCGGGAGUGCCUGGAGCGGCUGCAGAGCCGGCUGCAGAGCCAGCCCCCGCUGCGCGGAGACGCGGCACAGCUGCGCGAGCGCCUGCGCGAGAACAGCCUGGUCCUGGCCGAGCUGGACAAGCUGGGAGCGGCGCUGGAGACGGUGCAGGCGCAGGGCGGCGAGCUGCUGGCCAGCAUGCCGGCGGCAAACUCCGACGCUGCUGCCAGAGGGAUCCAGGAACGGACGGCACAGCUGCUGGCGCAGUGGGGCUGCCUGCGUGGCCACUGCCAGGACCAGGAGCAGCGGCUGCGGGAGCUGCUGGCCCUGGCCGAGCGCUUCUGGCACGGCCUGGCCGAGCUGGCGCUGGCGCUGAGCGACACCCAGCAGCUGGUGCUGGGGCUGGAGGAGGCCGGUAGCGAGCCCGAGGCCAUCCGUGCGCGGCUGCGCACCAUGCAGGCGCUGCGGGAGGAGAUCGACUCGCUGCAGGGGGAGCUGGACGCGCUGGGCAGCCUGGGCGUGGAGCUCAUGGCGUCCUGCGGGGACCCCGACAAGCCCGACGUCACCAAGAGCCUGGAUGAUCUCUACUCCUCCUGGCACAGCCUGAGCGCGGUGUGGACGGAGCGGAGCGGCCGCCUCGAGGAGCAGCUCCAGGCCGCCCUUGGCUACCAGGACACUGUGCAGCGGCUGCUGGAGUGGCUGGACGCGGCUGAGCUGCGCAUCGCCGAGGAGUUCCUGGUCGGGGGGGACGCGGACAUGGUGCAGCAGCAGCUGGCGGAGCUGAAGGAGUUCAAGCGGGAGCUGUACCAGUGCAAGGUGGAUCUGGAGAGUCUGCGGCCCCCGGGGGGCACCGCUCAGGGGGACCCCCCGGCCCCGCUCCGCGACUUCCGCCAGCGCUGGGACCGGCUGGAGGAGGAGAUCGUCAGCCGGCAGCACCAGCUGGAGGCGGCGCUGCUGGGGCUGGGGCAGUUCCAGCACCAGCUGGAGGAGCUGCUGCAGUGGCUGCAGCGCACGGGCGAGCAGCUGCAGGGCCCCGCGCCGCUGCGCCCCGACCUGCAGAGCUGCGAGAUCGAGCUGGCCAAGCACAAGGUGCUGCGCAACGACGUGAUGUCCCACGCACGCACGGUGGAGUCGGUGAACGAGGCCGGGCAGGGGCUGCUGCUGUGCAGCCCCGGGGAGAGCGCGGAGGGGCUGCGGCGCAGCCUGCGCCAGCUCAACCAGCGCUGGGACCUGGUGCGCAGCGAGACCGAGAGCCGCCAGCUGGAGCUGGAGAACAACCUCAGCCAGGUGCAGGACAUCACGCUGGAGAUGACGGAGCUGCUGCAGUGGCUGGAGCAGGUGGAGCUGCAGCUCUUCUUCUCCAAGCCGGCCUGGGGCCACCCCGACACCACCAAAGAGACGCUUGCGGCACAUCUGGAGCUGUGCAAGGAGCUGGAGGCCAGGCAGGAGUCGUUCUCCGGCGUGCGGGAGCGGCUGCGGCGGCUGCUGGGCGCGUGCGGCGCGGGCCGGCCCUGCGGCACCGAGCACAGCCUGCGCAUCCUGCAGCACAAGUGGGACAGCGUCAGCGCCGAGGCCCAGGAGCGGAAGGAGCGCCUGGCCGAGGGGCUGACGGUCACCGCCGAGUUCCACGGCAGCGUGCAGGAGCUGCUGCGCUGGGUGGCCCACGCCGAGGAGCUGCUGGCGUCCCCUGCGCCGCCCAGCUUCGUCCUGGACACCGUCACCACGCAGCUCCAGGAGCACAAGGCGCUGGUGAAGGAGGCAGCGGCGCGCGGGGAGCAGCUGGGCAGCCUGGAGGCCACGGCGGCGCGGCUCAAGGAGUUCAGCGGGAAGCAGGAUGGAGCCGCGGUGCAGAGCCAGGUGCUGGCGGCGCGGGAGCGGCUGGGCCGGCUGCUGCAGCAGGCCGGGGAGCGCGGCGCCGCGCUGGAGGAGGCCCGGCGGCGUGCCAAGCAGUUCAGCGAGUCGCGGCGGCUGCUGCUGGACUGGAUGGACGAGGUGGAGCGGAGCCUGGAGGAGCUGCAGGACGUGGCCACCAGCCAGGACGAGAUCAAGUGCCAGCUGGCUGAGCACAAGGCGUUCCAGAAGGUUCUGCGCUCCAAGCGGCCGGUGUACGAGGCGACGCUGCGCAGCGGGCGGGCGCUGCGGGAGCGAGCGCGGCUCCCCGAGGACCUGCAGCCGCUGGAGGAGCUGCUGGGGGAGCUGCGCCAGCGCUGGGACGCGCUGUGCGGCCGCGCCGUGGAGAGGCAGCACAAACUGGAGGAGAACCUGCUGUUCUCGGGCAAGUUCACGGACGCGCUGCAGGCGCUGAUGGACUGGCUGUACCGCGCCGAGCCGCAGCUCAGCGAGGACGUGCCUGUCGGGGGGGACCGCGACCUGGUCAGCGACCUCAUGGACAAGCACAAGGUGUUCCAGAAGGAGCUGGGCAAGCGCGCCAGCUGCAUCAAGAUGCUGAAGCGCUCGGUGCGGGACCUGACGCGCGGCAGCAGCAGCGUGGACUCGCAGUGGCUGCAGCGGCAGAUGGAGGAGCUGAGCGCGCGCUGGGACCUGGUCUGCCGCCUGUCCGUGGGCAAGCAGGCGCGGCUGGAGGCCGCGCUGCGCCAGGCUGAGGAGUUUCACACCCUGGUUCACGCCUUCCUGGGCCGCCUCUCCGAGUCGGAGAAAACCCUCAAGUACGGCGUGUUCCCCGAGGAGGAGCUGGCGGUGCAGGAGUGCCAGAGCCAGCUGCAGGAGCUGCUGAAGUCCCUGCAGUGCCAGCAGCUGGAGCUGGAGUGCAUCACCUCGCUGGGGGAGGAGAUCCUGUCCACCUGCCACCCCGACUCCGUCAUCACCAUCAAGUCCUGGGUCACGGUUGCCAAGAGCCGCUUCCAGGAGGUGCAGAGCUGGGCGCAGCAGCAGGGCGAGCGGCUGCAGGUGCAGGCGUCCCGGCUGGCGGCCGAGCGGGAGGAGACGGCGCAGCUGCUGGACUGGAUCGCGGCGGCCGAGGAGGCGCUGAGCCUGCGGGACCAGGAGCCGCUGCCCGAGGAGGCCGAGCAGCUGGAGGAGCUGAGCGCCCAGCACGCGGUGUUCAUGGAGGAGCUGAACCGCAAGCAGCCCGACGUGGAGCAGGUCACCAAGAGCUGCAAGCCCAAGCUGGAGCUGGGCACGCCGGCCGCCCGCCGGCUGGCCACACGGCACCGCAGCACUGGGAAGGCGCAGGGAUUGCCGGCGGUGCCGCUCGGGGGGCUGGAGCCCCAGACCCCGCUGAUGGCGCAGCUCCUGCACCGCUGGCAGCAGCUCUGGCUGCUGGCGCUGGACCGGCAGUACCGGCUGGAGACGGCCCUGCGGCGCCUGCGCGAGCUGGAGGAGUUCGCUCACUUCGACUUCGGGGUGUGGAGGAAGCGCUACAUGCAGUGGAUCAGCCAGAUGAAGUCGCGCGUCCUGGACGUGUUCCGCGGCAUCGACCGGGACCAGGACGGGCGCAUCAGCCAGCGCGAGUUCAUCGAGAGCGUCCUCUCCUCCAAGUUCCCCACCAACGUCCUGGAGAUGACGGCUGUGGCCAACAUCUUCGACAUGAACGGCGACGGCUUCAUCGACUACUACGAGUUUGUCAGCGCCCUGCACCCCAACCGGGACCCGCUGCGCCGAACCGCCGACGCUGACCAGAUCCAGGAUGAGGUGAACAGGCAAGUGGCCCAGUGCAACUGCGCCAAGCGCUUCCAGGUGGAGCAGAUCAGCGCCAACCGGUACCGGUUCGGGGAGUCGCAGCAGCUGCGGAUGGUGCGGAUCCUGCGCAGCACCCUGAUGGUGCGGGUCGGGGGGGGCUGGAUCGCGCUGGACGAGUUCCUGGUGAAGAACGACCCUUGCAGAGUGAAGGGAAGGACCAACCUGAAGAUCAACGAGAAGUACUUGUCCACCGACGCCUUCGGGGCCGCCGGCAAGUGCGCGGGGAACCCGUCGGCCGCCUCCUCCAAAGCGCUGUCCCCCAGCCGCUCCAGCUCCAGCCUCAGCCUCUACAGCAGCGCCUCGGCGCCCAGCAGCCCCAUGGCCAGGAAGUCGGUGCUGCGGAGGACGCGCUCCGGUGACCGGUGUCCCCGCUCCCGUGGGUCCCUGCUGCCCGAUGGCGCGGAGCUGCAGUUCACCGCGGCCGAGGAGAGCACGGCCAUGGCACCCCCAGAGCCGCCCGAAGGGUCCCCCCCGGAGCGCCGCAGCCCCUGCCGCUGACCCCCGCCCGCCCCGCGCCCGGCACCGUGGCCACCCCACUCAGGACUCUCCUUGCCGGCGGCCCCGCGGCUGGAUGAUGGCGAAGCUGCCGGCCCCGUGGUCUCCAGCCCGGAGCUGAAAGCCGAGCUGUCCGUCUGUCUGUCCCCGACCCCGCGGGCUUGGCCCCGCUGGAUAUGCAAGUACCCCAGACACAGCGAGCCCCCCGGCCCUGGCUGGCGCAGCCCCGUCCCCCUCCCGAUGCCCCCGCCGAGCGCCCGGAGCACCCGCAGGGGUGGGGUCAGCCCCAGCCUGGCCCCCCAGCACCGGCUCCCGCGGUACCCCCGGCACUCAGCGCUGCUGGCGGGGGGUCCCCCCACCCCCGUCCUGCCGCCUGUGCCCGGGAGGUGGCUGGAUUGGUACCCGGGUGCUGGGCCCCUCGCCAGGUGCAGAGCCCCGAUUCUGGUGCUACCCCUCCCCUCGGGCCUUCGGUGUGCGCGGGGCCCUGGCACAGCCGCCCCGGCAGGGAGCGGUGCCACGGGUGGGGGUUCCUCGCCCCCCCGCCAGCAGCCCCCGUGGGCAGCGGGACCCCCCGGCUGCCGCAUGUUCCGUCACCCGCUAACCGGGCAGCAGUAGCGCUGAAUGUAACCCCGGCCGGGCACGGCCCCGCCGGCCGCCAGAAAGAGUAGGUUUGGUUUUCUAUGAGCACCCGGGCCUCGCUGCA